AGGGUGAGUCUGUGUAAUGCUCAGAGUCGGUGUGCGCGAUUAGAGAGCGGCAGCGGGGAAGAUGCGCUUGCUCGCCUCUUGCUGGACGCACAGAGGCGAUGAAGAUGAUCUGACUUUGGAGUCUGAGGGGGACAAAAACAAACCAACCAACCCCUGUUUUUCUUUUUCCGCCACCCUCUCCCUCCUGUUUGUACCUGUGCAAUUUUACUGAUUUUAAUUUUCUUAAAAUUAAAAAAAAAAAAAAAAAAAAAAAAAUCGUUCCCAAGAGGAUGAUCCGUCACCUUUGGUUUUUUAUUUUUCCACAUUGGUGCUUGUGACUUUUUUUUUUUUUAAAGAUUGUAAUUAAAAGUUUUAGUUUCGGCAGCGUUUUAUAUAUUUAUAUAUAUAUUUUUCCCUCCCAGGAUCUGCUCUGACUCAGCACCACACGCACACACCUGGGCUCCAUCCUCUCAGCAUCCUUUUGAAUAACGGGGGAGAAGCAGCGAGACGCGGAGCAGAGGAGAGUCAGAGCGCAGCUCUCCCCGAGACAAUCAGAGCAGAAAAAAAGAACAAGUGAACAACAACAAAAAGUCUGAAGGAGAUAUUAAAAGUAGAGACUUGGACUGGUUUGUUUCAAGACGGUGGCAAAUGUUUAACCUCAGCCCAAGCGCACAGAAGAGAGAGGCACGGAGGCACCGGGCGGAGGAAGAAGAGAAGGCAUAGCUUUGGGGGAUUGAACGGAGCAGGGCAUGUGGAUAUUGGCUUUUAUCUUUUUCCAGAGCAUCUUGAAUGUUUUCACUGAGGACCUACAUUCCAGCUUAUACUUUGUCAAUGCAUCUCUGCAAGAGGUAGUGUUUGCCAGCACCACAGGGACCUCGGUGCCCUGUCCUGCCACAGGAGUCCCGCCUGCCUCUCUGCGGUGGUAUCUGGCUACUGGCGAGGAGAUCUACGAUGUCCCCGGCAUUCGUCAUGUCCACCCCAAUGGAACCCUCCAGAUCUUCAACUUCCUGCCAUCCAGCUUCAGCAAGCUGAUCCAUGAUAAUACAUACUACUGCACAGCCGAGAACCCUUCUGGGAAGAUCAGGAGUCAGGAUGUCCACAUCAAAGCCGUUUCACGGGAACCCUACACGGUCAGAGUGGCUGACCAGAAGGCUAUGAGAGGCAGUGUAGCCGUCUUCAAGUGCAUUAUCCCUACUUCUGUUGAGGCCUAUGUCACUGUUGUAUCAUGGGAAAAAGACACCGUCUCGCUGAGCUCAGGACAAAGAUAUCUCAUCACAUCUAUGGGGGCUCUGUAUAUUCUUGACGUUCUGCCCGAGGAUGGGCUGAAUAACUAUCGCUGCACCACACGGCACCGUUACACUGGCGAGACUCGCCAGAGCAACAGCGCACGUCUAAUUGUAUCAGACCCAACCAAUGCUGAGCCAGGCAUCUUGGAUGGCUUUGACCACAGAGAGGUGAUGAUUAAUCAUCGGGUGGAGCUCCCCUGUAAGGCUUCAGGGUACCCACCACCCAAAUACCGCUGGCUGAAGGAUAACAGCCCGUUGGAGCCCGACAGCCGCUUUCGUCAAACUGUCACGGGGCUGCUGAUAGAGAAUACACAGGCCAGCGACUCUGGGACAUAUGUUUGUGAAGUGUGGAACAGUUAUGGCAAUGCUGAGGUCAUGGGUUCCCUGUAUGUCAAACAACCCUUGAAGGCCAUGGUCAGCCCUCGGAAGGUGAAGGGCAGCGUGGGUAGUAAGGUGUCUCUGUCCUGUAGCGUGAGUGGCUCAGAUGAAUACGAGUUAUCUUGGUACCGCAAUGGAGAGAUCAUCUACCCUGGCAACAACGUUCGCUUCACUGGGAUCAACCGGGAGAACCUCAUCAUGGAGGGAAUGUCAAAGAGUGACGGUGGAGCCUACCAGUGUUUUGCCAGGAAAAAUAAGAUGUCUGCACAGGACUUUGUACAAGUCAUCCUUGAAGAUGGUACUCCAAAGAUCCUGUCCUCGUUCAGUGAGAAGGUGUUAAAUCCAAAUGAGCCUGUCUUCCUGGUCUGCAAUGUCAAGGGUACACCGCCUCCCAGGUGCACCUGGUCACUGGACGAUGACCCUGUCAUCAAAGACAGCCACCACCAUCUGGGCCACUAUGAGACGCAUGAGGGCCACGUGGUCAGCCAGCUGAAUGUCACGCAUGCCCAGGUUCAGGAUGGUGGAGUGUACCGGUGCACGUGCAGCAACUCGGCCGGGGUUGUGUACCACCAGGCUCGAAUAAACGUAAGAGGCCGUGCCAGCAUUCGUCCAAUGAAAAACAUAACAGCGAUUGCUGGACGGGAUGCUUUUGUUCACUGCCGUGUGAUUGGCUACCCUUAUUACUCAAUAAAGUGGUACAAGAACUCUGCGCUGCUCCCAUUCAACCAUCGUCAGCGAGCCUUCGAGAACAACGGCACGCUGAAGCUAUCCAAUGUACAGCAGGUGGAUGCUGGUGAAUAUAACUGCAAAGUGAUGGUCCAGCCGAACAAGAUGGACACACAGAGUGUCCAUGUUCGCGUGAGAGUACCUCCCUACAUUCAGCCAUUUGAGUUCCAACGUUUCACCAUCGGUCAGCGAGUUUUCAUUCCCUGUGUGGUCAUGUCGGGCGACCGGCCACUGGACAUCACCUGGCAGAAAGAUGGUCGACCUAUCCCCGCUAGCUUGGGUGUGACUGUGGACAAUAUUGACUUCACCAGCUCACUGAGAAUCUCCAACUUGACCCCGGACCACAAUGGAAACUACACCUGCAUCGCCCGUAAUGAGGCUGCUGCUGUGGAACACCAGAGUCAGCUCAUUGUCAGAGUUCCUCCUGAGUUUGUGGUUCAGCCUGAGGACCAGGAUGGUAUUUACGGAAAAACUGUGACUCUAAACUGCUCAGCUGAAGGUUACCCACCACCCACCAUUGUCUGGGAACACUCCAAAGGUGCUGGCGUCCCCCAGUUUCAGCCCAUCCUCCUGAACAGCGGCUCUCGCGUCCAGCUGCUGAGCAAUGGCUCGCUGUUGAUCAAACACGUCCUGGAGGACGACAGCGGCUUCUACCUGUGUAAGGUCAGCAACGAUGUGGGAGCUGAUGUCAGCAAGUCUAUGUACCUCACCGUCAAAAUCCCCGCCAUGAUCACCUCCUACCCCAAUACCACCCUGGCCACGCAGGGCGAGGAGAAAAAGAUGAGCUGCAUAGCUCAUGGAGAGAAGCCCAUCAUGGUACGCUGGGAAAAAGAACGCAUCAUCAACCCGGAAACCAGCCGAUACGUGGUCACCGUUAAAGAGGUGGCCGACGAAGUCAUCUCAACGCUGGUGAUUAUGCCUACAGUCCGGGAGGACUCGGGUUUCUUCUCCUGUCACGCCAUCAACUCCUUCGGUGAGGACCGAGGCAUCAUACAGCUGACAGUACAAGAACCACCCGACCCCCCUGAGGUGGAGAUCCGGGAGGUCAAAGAUCGGACCAUAGCUCUCCGUUGGACCAUGGGCUUUGACGGCAACAGCCCUAUCACAGGAUAUGACAUCGAGUGCAAGAACAAAUCAGCAUCAUGGCUAUCAGCCCAGGUUACCAAAGAUGUGUCACCCCAGCUCAACCAGGCAACCAUUAUUGACCUCCAUCCAUCCUCCACAUACAACAUUCGCAUGGUCGCCAAGAAUAUCAUCGGCAACAGCAACCCUAGCAACGAGCUCACCAUCACUACUGAUGAAGCAGCUCCUGAUGGUCCUCCUCAAGAUGUUCUUCUGGAGCCCACCUCCCCACAGAGCAUCAAAGUUUCCUGGAAGCCUCCACAGAAGCACCUGCAGAACGGUGUGAUCCGUGGCUACCAGGUGGGCUACCGUGAGUACAGCCCUGGUGGGAGUCAUCAGUUCACCAUCAUCAGCGUGGACACCACCGGAGACACCACAGAGAGCAUUGCGCUAGACAACCUGAAGAAGUUCACUCAGUACAGCGUGGUGGUGCAGGCGGCAAACAGGGCGGGCACCGGGCCGUCUUCACAGCAGGUGGUCACCAAAACCCUAGAGGAUGUGCCAUCUCGGCCUCCUGAAAAUGUCUUGGCUGUGGCCAAAUCCCCAGAAGUUAUCUCGCUGUCCUGGAUCCCUCUUCCCAGAGAGGCUCUAAAUGGAAAUUUGCAAGGCUACAGAGUCAUCUACUGGGCCAACCUGCCUGAUGGAGAACUGGGAGAAAUCAGAAAUGUGACCACUGGUCAGCCGUCACUAGAGCUGGACAGUUUGGAAAAGUACACUAACUACAGCAUCCAGGUGUUAGCCUUCACCAACGCAGGCGAUGGUGUGCGCAGUGAACAAAUCUAUGUGCGCACCAAAGAAGAUGUUCCUGGUCCUCCGGCAGGGGUGAAGGCGGCGGCUUCCAGCAGCUCUGCAGUGUUUGUUUCAUGGCUGCCUCCACUCAAACUCAAUGGCAUCAUCAGGAAGUACAUUGUCUUCUGCUCUAACCCUCUGUCUGAUUUUCAGGUGAUGAGUGAGUUUGAGGCAUCUCCAGAUGCAUAUUUCUACAGGAUCCCAAAUUUGGCUCGAAACAGACAGUACAGUAUCUGGGUGGUGGCUGUGACCGCAGCCGGCCAUGGCAACAACAGUGAGAAGAUCACAGUGGAGCCUCUCGCCAAAGCUCCAGCUAGAAUCCUGACCUUCAAUGGGACAGUCACCACUCCAUGGAUGAAAGACAUAGUUUUACCUUGCAAGGCUGUUGGAGACCCACCACCUACCAUCAAAUGGCUCAAAGGAAACACCAAUGGGACGCCCACACCCGUCCUGGUUGAUGGUCGCCGUAGUGUCCAUGGCAAUGGCAGCUUCAUCAUCCGUACAGUCAAAGCAGAGGAUUCUGGGAACUACAGCUGUGUGGCCAGCAACAACUGGGGUUCUGAUGAAGUCACACUCAACCUGCAGGUUCAAGUUCCUCCUGACCAACCCCGCCUAACAGUUACCAAGACUACCACCACAUCAAUCACACUGUCAUGGAUACCUGGUGAUAAUGGAGGGAGCUCCAUCAGAGGUUACAUACUGCAGUACUCAGAGGACAACAGUGAGCAGUGGGGUAGUUUUCCCAUCAGCCCCAGUGAGCGUUCCUACCGUCUUGAAAGCCUGAAGUGCGGUACCUGGUAUAAAUUCACCCUCACAGCCCAGAAUGCAGUGGGGCCAGGGCGUAUCAGUGAGAUCAUUGAAGCAAAGACCCAUGGGAAAGAACCUCAGUUUGCCAAAGAACACGAACUCUUCACCAGCAUUAAUUCCACAAGGGCCAGGCUCAACCUGGUUGGCUGGAACAAUGGUGGCUGUCCAAUCACCUCCUUCAUUUUGGAGUACCGGGCAGUGGACUCAGCCACGUGGAACACAGCCCAACGCACAUCGCUGACCAAGAGCUAUAUCCUGUAUGACUUGCAGGAGGCAACUUGGUAUGAACUCCAGAUGAAGGUCACCAACAGUGCCGGCUCAGCGGAAAAGAGGAUCACCUUUGCUACUCUCAACGCUGAUGGAAGUACCAUCCCGCCAUUACAGACAGGAGAUCCCAUCUCAGACAACAUGUCAGGCAGCGGUGGUCUGAAGAUGGUGGUGACCAUCACGUCUGUUUUGGUGGUCGCUGUACUGGUCUUCAUCAUGCUUAUGGUGCUGAAGAGGAGGAGGAGGGAGCAGAAACUUAAGAGACUCAGAGAUGCCAAAAGUCUGGCAGAAAUGCUGAUGAGUAAGAACACUCGGACUCCAGACGCAGCCAACAAGCAGCAGCAGACGUUAAGAAUGCACAUCGACAUCCCCAGAGCUCAGCUCCUCAUUGAGGAGAGGGACACAAUGGAGACAAUUGGUGAUGACAGGUCCACUGUGCUGUUGACAGACAAUGACUUUGGCGAGACUAAUAAGCAGAAGUCCGCCACGGUGACCCACACAGUCCACUACCAGUCCCUGUCCCAGGCCACGGGACCACUGGUGGACGUGUCCGAUGCCAGGCCUGGAACCAAUCCCACUGCCAGACGCACUGCCAAAGCUGCUCCUGCCGCUGCACGGAGCCGCUACGCCAGCCAGUGGACUCUGAACCGGCCGCACCCCACCAGCUCCUCACACACCCUGACGACUGACUGGAGACUCCCCACACCACGCGCCACCGGAUCAGUGGACAAAGAGAGCGACAGUUACAGUGUCAGCCCCUCACAGGACACAGAUCGUGCACGAAGCAGCAUGGUGUCAACAGAGAGUGCUUCCUCCACCUACGAGGAGCUGGCUCGCGCAUACGAGCACGCCAAGAUGGAAGAGCAGCUCCGCCACGCCAAGUUCACCAUCACAGAGUGCUUCAUCUCCGACACUUCGUCUGAACAGAUGACAGCAGGGACCAACGAUUACACUGACAGCCUGACCUCCAGCACGCCAUCUGAGUCGGGCAUCUGCCGCUUUACCGCCUCGCCGCCCAAACCUCAGGAUGUCAGCCGGGUCAUGAACAUGGCUGUUCCCAAAGCGCACAGACCGGGUGGAGAGCUGGUCCACCUGCCGCCCUACCUCCGUAUGGACUUCCUGUUGAACCGCGGUGUGCCACUGGCAGUUCGAAGUGGAGGCGUCAGCAGUAGCAGUGGCAGCAGCAGUGGAGGGGGAGGUGGCGCAGGAGGUGCAGCAGCAGCAGGAGGAGGAGGAGGUGGUGGUGCUGGUGCUACAGGUGAAACCAGGGGAGGAGGGGCCAUGGGUCAGACCUGCCUGGAGCCCCAGAGGAGCCGCACACUGAAGAGGCCCCCUCCCAUGGAGCCCACCCCUAUGGAAGUGCCCUCACCCAGGGAGGUGCAGCAGUGGCAGCCAGGAACUGCCUCCACCCUCCCCCACAGGGAUGUCCGGGAGCGGGGAGAGGCCCGGGGAGAGGUCCGGGCUGACGUCUCCUCCUCGGGUGACCUGGCCCAAGCACAGGCUGCCAAGCUCAGCACUUCCCAGGAGUCUCUGUUGGACUCCAGAGGACACCUGAAACAGAGCAACAACCCCUAUGCUAAGUCGUACACUCUGGUAUAACAGCGGGACACUCAGCGGACUGCUGGAGGCGCUGCAGGAGCACACGACAGGCCAUGGCUGCUUCUCCACAACAGAAAUUGUUGUAUAUAGAGCCGUUUCCGACAUGCGUCUUAACUGGAUGCUUUGAUUUGAGUCGGUCUUUCUUUCAAUCUUUUCUUUCUUUCGCUCUUUCUCUGUUGCUUUCAUACUUUUCAUUCUCUCCCACUUUGCACCUCUUCGGACAAGUUUUCUCUCGCAGUUAUUUUCUACUUGAGUAUUCUUUUAUUCUAAAGUGACAACAUAUGAGGAUUGCCAAAAUGAUUUAUUUAAAAUUUGAGAAAGAGGGAAAAAAAUACUAUUGAAUUUAUAUCAAGAGUAGUAAUAAUCAUUCUGAUUACUAUUAAUAUUAUUAUAUAAAAAGAGAAACUAUCUAAAAGGAGAGGUGGAGCGCACAGCAAGAGAACAUCGCUUUCUUAAUUUAUUUUUAUUGUGGCAGUGUGAUGAAAUGUGUGAUUGGGUAACUGAGGGAUUUAUAGCACUAUGAAGAGCCAAUAGGGGAGAAGACGUAUAAAGCGCCAAUGCUGAAUAAUUGUAAUGUUUUUCAUCCUUCCUGAUGACUGCAUGGCGACUGAACAAAUGACAAUUAAUAGGAAUGGCUGGAAAUCCAAAAAGAGAAUUUUUGUCACUAUGAAAUUAUACAAUGUGAAUAUAUAUAAAGAGAUCACUUUUAUUUGUGGAUAUUACGGGGAAAAUGAUUUGGUUAAUAAAGUCCUUAGUCAUGUUUGCACA